UCCUCCGUCCCUCUCUACAAAUACUUUCCCUUCUACUUCAUUUCCGUCACCCUGUCUACGAGUUAUCUUCUGCUCUCGAGUUUUCAGCGUCCCCCGGAUCCGUUUCUUACGAUUCUGCUGAGAGUCACCUUUGCCGAGCGACCUCUUUGGAUUCUGAUGGCAGCGACAGGCUGGGUCGCGACAUGCGGGGGUCGUCGCCGAGCCCUCAUUCUGAUUCGUCUUCCGACUCUACUCUCUUUGCUGAGCUUCAAUGCCGGGCUUUCUCUCACGCGGCGACAACGAGUUCAUCCCAACUUCCUUGCGAGAUCCCCUCUCUGAUCGAGGAGGAUUUGGACGAUUCUUGCGUUCCCGAGGAUCGCAUCGUUGUUCGUGGGUCGUUGCCAGUUAUUCCUCGCGUCGUUGGGGUUAAGAGACAUGUUUUAUCACAUGUUCCCAUGACGACCAUCAAGCUUGACUCGGCUCAAGAUGCGUUAAGGCUCGGCGGACUUUCUUCUCCUCUCCCCCCUAUGAUUAUUCCGUCUCCGAAUCAACGUCCUUGGGAUGCUCCGGAUGGUUACAUUUAUAACUUACCCCGCACCUUACUACAUUCCACCUCAAUCCUCCUCCUAUUAAUAAGCUGCUACUACGCUCUCUGCUUCAGAGUAUUUGGUUUCAUUUUCUUUAAGGACAGUGGAAAUUGAAACACUCUUGAAUUCUCAUCAUGUACUCUACUUGCGCUUCAAAGGGAAAAAAAAAACUUUACUA